AUGUCUAAAAAUGGGGAUCAUACAAUGGAGGUGGACAAAACAUACAUUGAGUACAAAGUAAAAACAAUAGUUAAACCCCUAUUCACUCCAAACUCGAUCACCCCUGACUUAGGACUCACAUCCGCCGCACCACCAGCACCCGUACCCGCAUCCGCACCUGGCCCAUCAGCAGCACCACUUGCGCCUGGAGCUAAUACAGGCACUGUAACUGGUACAGGCGAUAUUACCGGCACCGGAGAUACUACCGGAACUGGUGUAGUCACUGGCACUGGUGAUACUACCGGCACUGGAGACUUCACCGGUACUGGUGUGAUGAUGGGCACCGGAGAUACUACCGGAACUGGCGUGGUUACUGGCACGGGUGAUAUUACUGGCACUGGAGACUUAACUGGAAUUGGUGUGAUUACAGGCACUGGUGAUACUACCGGCACCGGAGAUACCACCGGAACCGGUGUUAUUACUGGUACGGGUGAUAUUACGGGCACCGGAGACUUAACUGGAACUGGUGUGAUUAUAGGCACUGGUGAUACUACCGGCACCGGAGAUACCACUGGAACCGGUGUUAUUACUGGUACGGGUGAUAUUACGGGCACCGGAGACUUAACUGGAACUGGUGUGAUUACAGGCACUGGUGAUACUACCGGCACCGGAGACUUCACUGGAACUGGUGUUAUUACUGGUACGGGUGAUACUACUGGAACCGGAGACUUAACCGGAACUGGUGUGAUUACGGGCACUGGUGAUACUAUCGGCACCGGAGACUUCACCGGGACUGGUGUAAUUACCGGCACCGGUGAUACUACCGGCACCGGGGACUUCACAGGAACAGGUAUGAUUACUGGUACGGGUGAUACUACCGGCACCGGAGACUUCACCGGAACUGGUGUGAUUACGGGCACGGGCGAGACCACCGGAACCGGUGACUUGAUCGGAAUUGGUACAGGUGAUAUAACAGGAACCGGAGACUUUACGGGGACGACCUGA